AUGGCUUUCAAUAAGAGAGGCUCCAGCAACUUCGCGCACUGGAACAUGUUCCCAUUCAUGACAACACCGAAGACAAAGUACAUUCUUGGACAGACACAGUCGCCAUUCUUCGGUCUUCCACGCGAAAUACGGGAUACCAUCUACGAGUACUAUGCCCAGGGUCGACCACAGUAUGUGUACGACAAGAAUACGACAAAGCUACGUUACUCCCAUGCUUCAGCUCAGGCGGAGGGUCUCGGGCUUAUGAUGACCUGCAAGAUCGCUGCAGACGAGAUGAUGCAUGUCGCUUUCCAGAACAUCGAGUUUAGUACGCUUUGCUCUGCGAACGAUGGCGCGGAAUUCCAACAACUCCGGUCUAGAGUGGCGCGAUUCUCUCAGUUGUUCGAAAUGGUUCAAACCCAGAGGCAAUACAUGCUGAUUUGCGUUGCCGAGCUACUCGAGGAGUCAGACUUUGCUAAUGCUAUGGCACGGUUCCCAGUGAUCGAAGAUUCCUUUGGGAGGCCUCUGCAAGAAGCAGUUGCGCAAAAUCUGGAAAAGCUUUCCGGUAAUAUGGCCAUAAGCCUGGACGACCACACUAGCCAAGACUUCAUCGACGCCCUAGUCUUCAUACUGGACAUCGCGAGGGAUCGAAAUCCGACAAAGUUUGUGCAGCUUACACGACAGGUGUUUGGGAACAACAUGUGUCCUAUUGAGAACCUUCAUGCGGUAGCGAUUGACUUUCCAGUCAGUCACAUUCCCCAGAAGCGCUUGAACAAUCUGCGCAAGCUCAUUCUCUGCGAAGACUUCAAGUCCAGGCCCCGAUCUGUUUGCCACGCAAGGGGUCUCAUUCCUAUAUGCAAAGCAAACCCCGGGCUUCGGAUUGAGAGACGCGUCGAUCUGUUGACCAGUCUUCUACCUGCAAGCCAUCCUACUGGUUGUCUGGUAGGGAUUGGCACCUUAGGUGGUCAUACAGUCAUGGGAGCCGCUGUUCCAUGGUUCACCGAAAUCUCACUACUCCGCACUCACGGCAUGCCCGAAGGCUCCUUCCAGCUCGUCAUCGAUGGUACAUCGCGAGAAGCUGUCGAGGUGUGGAACGUUAUCAAGCACGCGGCAGCCAUGCAAGGAGCCAUGCUCGAACAAUGUCGCGUUCGCAACACGCAGCCAACGUCUAGGCUAUAUGAUAGCAUAGCUGGUCGCAUCUAUGGCCCCAGAGCUUUACCAUGGCAUCUGCCAGACGGCUUCUCCGACACGAUCCGCCGCACAAUCGAGGGCACGACCAACAUAACAUUCACCGGAGAUAUGGGUGAAUUAUGGGAUGAGGACGUCUUCUAUUUCCAACGAAGAGACUGGACACUAGAUCAGUGGCGUCAUGAGUGGUAUAAUGAGAUUAUCGUCAAGAGCAUCGAUACGGGUUUCUGGAAGCGAUCUAACGCUUGGUAUCAGAUAGACCCUCGAGGCUUCGGUCAGGUUUAUCGGACAGUCUACAAGGGUGAGGUCAUUCGCAGCAGCGACCGACCGUUGUAA